CGCACCCGGGUUUCUGUUCCUUCAACCAUCAAGUAAGAACUGAGCCUGGGCCCAUCUUCUCGUUCCCCCAAGUUCCCAAGCAUGUUGGAAGUGGAAAAAAUCAAAAAGCCCCCCAAGAGACAUGCAUCCUCAGGAUCUGUCUCCCCCAUGACCACACCCCAGAGUCCAGCUGCCACAGUGACUUCUCCUGGCUCCAGGUUCAACACCAGAGCUACCAACACCAGAGCUACCAACACCUCUUGUGGACUUGGCUGGGGUGCCAGGGAGGACCUGCCAGAGACUGAGGUCAAACUUGAGUUUGUAGACAUAGAGGAGAAGGCCAGCAGUGGCCGAAGGAAGGUCAGACCCUCUGGCUCCCAAAAGGAGGGUGAGAGGGAUCUGCCCCUGCAAAGGAAGAGAUCUCGUCCCCUCCCCAGUGAUUCUUCCAUCCCCUCACCUGACCAAGUUUUCCUGGAGGAGCAGGAGGAAGGUGCCCUGGGCCUACGUGUCUGUAGCAGAAAGAGAAGAGCCUGCUCCCUGGGGAGGCCUGGUUUUCACUCAGCUGCCUCUCGUGCAAAGAGCCAGGCCAGCCCAGGGCAGAGUAAGCCAAAGGGAGGCUCUGAACUCUGUGGUGUGAUAUCUGGGCUUGGCCAGGAGCUCUGUGUGCAGCCUGAGAAGGUGUCCAAGCAGAAGGCACGUGGACGGAGAGAGGUGGGGCAGCCAGCAGGAAAGAAGGCAAGAGCCCCAAAGCGCAGCUCUGGCCCGGCCCCUUCUACUCCAGGCCCAGUGCAGGCAGCCAGUCUGGACAGGUCAGAGGCAGGCCAGCCUCAUGGGAAUGAGGAGGCGAGCCAAGCUGACAUCCUCAUAGCCCGUCUGGACAGAGAGGUACGGCGCCUUAAGAAGUGGAAGAAGAGGCAUUUGCUUCCUGGCGUCGGGGAGGAGAAGUCCCUGCUGAGCCUCCAGAAGCCACCCUGCUUGAAGAAGCUGGCCAGAACUAUAGAAGAGACUGAGGGCUGGGCUUCUCAGGGGCGUUCCCCAAGCCCUCAGGACACCAUCGGUCAGAAGCCUGCUCCAGGUGUCAGACGGUUCUUUACCAUCGAUUGUAAGAACACCUGUCAUGUCACCUGUACUCUGUGUCACACCGGCAAUAGACGAGGCAAAAUUAAGGGGCAGGCCAAAACCUCAGACCUGGUCUGUCCCCUGGUGAGUAACCAUGGGCUGGAGAGGGAAAGAGGGCUAACUGCAGCCAGCCCAGGGAGAAAGGGGGGAGACGCAGAAAGGGUGGAGAAGCAGAGGGGCCUGCCUGCGGGUGCUGCCAGCCUUGUCCGUGAGGGUCUCCUGUCAUCAAGACCUUGCCCAGAUGGCCCACGCUCAGAAGACAGUGACGGGCAGCCGGCCCCUAGGAGGCGUGAGCAGCAGUUACUGGCUCCAGCACCCCUGCCUACUCCCGUCAAAGAGGAACCUGCUGCUCCCCCAGUGGCAGGUGGUCCCCGCCAGUCCCGCUCCCAGGCCUGGAGCCAGAGCAUCGCUGAAUUACUCUGCAGCUUGGCAUUGCCGCUCUCCUUCUUUUCUUCCUCGCCCUUCAGGAGGUUCAUGGCCCAGGCUGACCCUGGCUACCACCUGCCGUCUCCAGCUUUCUUCUCCAGCAAGGCCUUGCCUCUGCUCCGCGAGGCGAUGGGCGAGCAGGUGCGCCGGGAGAUGCAGUGGGCUGAGGGCGGCCGCAUCCACCUCACCAUGUCCACGGCAGCCCAGGAAGUGGUCGUGGAGGAGUACGUGGCCACCGCUGCCCACUGGGGCGUGAUACAGCCCUGUAGCUCUCAGGUGGUGUCAGGGAGCCUGAGGAAGCAGGCAGUGCUCUGGGUCCGAGGCCUGCCCCUGGAGAGCAGUAUGGAGGACAGGCAGCGGGAGCUGCAGGAGCAGGUCAGCCUGUGGCUGGGCCAUGGCUCCCUUCGACCAGGCUUCCUGGUAUCGAGUGGCUGCCCCAGCCUGGAGCAGGCAGUGAUGAUGGAGGGCUACACCCACGUCCCUUGCUUUGCCCACUGCCUCAACUCUCUGGUGAGAAACUUCUUGUGUAACCACCAUAGUGUCCAGAUCAUCCUGGGCACAGCCAGGGCCAUCUGCAGCCACUUCCAAGGCUCUGCGGAGGCCCGGCGGCUCCUCACGCAGCUGCAGCAGCAGUGCGGCCUGCCUGUCCACCAGCCCUUCUGGGAGCUCUCAGAGCACUGGGUCUCGGCCUACCACCUGCUGGAGUGGCUGGUGGGGCAGCAGCGGCCACUGCGCGACUACGAGGAGAAGCACCAGCUGGGGAAGGCGGGGAUGGCCCUGUCGACCAUGUUUUGGAGCUUGACAGACAGUCUGGUCAGGCUCCUGCGGCCCUUCCAGAUGGUGGUGCAGGAGGCGAGCGCGCCGCAGGCCUCGUUAAGCCAGGUGCUGCCGCAGUUGCGCUACCUGCACAUCUUCCUGGAGCAGGUUCACCGGCACUUCGAGGAGCAGAGUGGCGGGGAGGCGGCUGCGGCCGUGCGCCUGGCCCAGGGCUUGGCCCUGCAGCUCUCCACAGACUGUCAGCUCAGCAAGCUCUUCCACCACGAGGAGUUCGUGCUGGCAACGCUGCUGGACCCCCGCUUCAAGGGCCAGAUCGAGGCCAUCCUGCCCAUGGGGGCCGACAUUGACCACUGGAAGCAAGUCCUCGUGUACAAGGUGAAGGAGGUUAUGGUGUCUGAAUACUCCUUGCCUCCCUCACCCUUCCUGCAGAGCCCCAAGGCUGUGUGUGCGGAUGCCACCCUGAGUGGCAGAGCAGCCAAGGGCCUCAGGGCUGAGGGGAAGGGCCAGAAGGAGCCCGUGCGGAGAAGCAGCAGGUCUGGGUCUUUGCUGCUGGGCCAGAGGGAGAAGAGCUUGCUGGAGCAGCUGGAAAGUGUAGGGCUGCUGGCCUCCCAGAGGAACGGAGCCUCUCUCUGCACCGAGAACCACCUGGCCACAGUCAUCGUCAAGAAGUACCUGCGUGAGAACGAGACCAUUGGCGCCCAGGAAGACCCCCUGGCUUACUGGGAGAAGAGGCGGGAAGUCUGGCCAGCCCUGGCAAGACUGGCCACCAUCUAUCUGUCCUGUCCCGCGACCAGCACCUUCUCUGGAAGUGUCUUUGCCUCCCUGGAUAGCCCCGCCAUUGUGGAGAGCAACUCCCCUCUCCCAGUGGAGACCGUUGAGCAUCUCCUCUUCUUGAAGACCAACCUGGAGAAGUUCCCCAACUAUGCCGCCUCUCCCCUUGUCUUCCCCAGUGGAGACGUGGCCAAGGGGGAGCAGACCAGGGAGUAAGGCCCCACUGUCUGAGCCCUCAAAACCUGCCUGGAGGAUGAAAGGAAAGAGCAGAGGGUUGCACCGAGGGUAUCCGACGGGGCAGCCAGAAUCUUAGACCUACUUGGGAAGAUGGGGGACAGUGUCUCAGUUUUGACAGAUUGCCUUUUUUUUCUGUUGGUCUGGGAGGUGGCAUUUUCUCUCUACUCGUUGCUUAAUUUAUUUCUAGCACUGUGUGCGUAGAAAAGGGUUACUCUGCUGUGAGUUGUGCUGUGCAGUUUUAUAAGCAGUACUGCUCUUUUGAAAUCGUUGGGUAUUUAUUAAGGGCUCCACAUGCAGCUUGUCCAUGUUUCAAGGUAUACAUGCCCUUAAGAGGUCUGCUUUCUCUUUGGACAGGGACAGGGAGGCGUGGGUGCUGGCAUGGACACUCCGUGGGAUGUGUACUCAGGUAGCUAGAACGUGGGUGGGCUAUGAAAACCUAUGUGAAAUUGCUUUCGCUACAGGACGAAACCCUAAGGCAGAGUAGCCAAUUUUAGAGGGAAAUGUGUGCACACGUGUGCAUGUACCCACCGGUCUUCGAGUCGGGACUUUUCCUGUUGCCGAUCCCACAGUGGCCAGAGAGGGCUGCCACACUGUCGAGGGAGAAUGCGCCGAGAGCUGAGGCACGGAGUUGUGAAACUGCUCUUACCUGUGCUUUGUUCCCACACUGCUGGGAACCCGGGGCUCUCCUUUCCACAGUGACAGCAGCCUCGGAGAGCUCCUGCGCCCACGCAGGCUCCCCUUGUCCUUGGCCGCUUUGGGAGGGCAAAUCCCUUAUCUGGAAGGAGAAAGGCUGUAUCAGACCAACC